AUGUUCGUCAUAUGGCACCGUUUCACCGGAAUCGAAGGAGAUUGCCUCGGAAACAGCGUCAUUAAAGCCAAUCGACAGCUGGUCAAAAGGAAUCCGCCAUCGUGUUUUGGUGGAACCGACCUUCGAAUCUCUUCACCCAACACUUUCACUCAAAAUGGAAGUCAGCUCAACAAUUAUGAAACAAGAGAUGACGAAGCUGGCAAUGUCGACAAUGUUGAUGAAGUCGCUGAGGUCGACAAAAACGACGAUGACGAUCUUGGUGAUUUACGAGUUGAUGCCGAACUUUCCCGGGCCGCUGUGCUGGCCACAGGCGGCGGUCGAGCUGAUGAGUGCGCCAAAAGGCUAGUGAAGCUAAUCACAAUUACAAUACAAUGCAAUGCCUAUCGAUCCGGUGCUGAUCGAUCCGAUUUCAGACUCUCUUACGGCGGCAGCGGCGGCGGCGGCAGCGGCGACGGCGGCAGCGGCAGAGCAGUUGGGCGUGUGGACCGGCAGAAGCAAGUGGCAGCGCAGCGCAAGAUGCCAUCGCCUAAAAAAGGCAGUCCCGGGACGAAGAGUCCGGCGCAGAGCAAAGCGUCUCCGGCCGGCAAGAAGAGCCCCAAAAAGGGAGACGCCUCGAAGAAGGCCGUCCCCGAGGUGGAGGUCGAAGAGGAUGAGGUCGUGGUGCCGGUCUGCGAAGGCAUCAUGCAUCGUCGAAUGCGUUACAUCCUCGAGACGACGCUCAAGUCGGACGUCGACUUCCUCCUCGGCCCGGACGACUCGAUCACGACAAUCAAAGCGCACAAAUGCAUGCUGCAAGCGGAGAGUCCGAUCUUUGAGAAGCUCUUCAACGAGUGCGAUGAGUUCAAGGCCAGGGUGAUCCGGCAACACGAGGAGGAGAUGCGAUUGGAUCGGGAGCGCGAUCGCGAGAUGGAAGUAGCGGUGAAGCUGCAGGAGAGCCAGAAAUCGGUGACGGCAGCCUCGACUGCGGGCAAAAAGAAGUCGCCCGAGAAGAAGGAGAAGCGCCCCAGCGGCCGAAAAACGCCCGAAAAGAAGAGUCCCGAGAAAAGCCCCAAGAAGAGUCCGGGCCAGAAGAAGUCGAGUCCGCCAAAGAAGAAGGAGGACAGAGGAGCGAGCGGCCAGAAGGUUGGCACUGAAGGCGAGGUGGAGAAUAAAAUUAACUUUCAUCAGGACGUUGUAGAAGGUCUCGACUUAAUCCGUAUCCGCGACGUUCACCCACUCGGAUUCUACAGGCUUUUACGGUACAUCAUUCCUUCUUAUUCCUUAAGUUAA